GGCCGCCGCUGCCGGAGGAGCAGGAGCAGGAGAAGGAGGAGGAGGACGAGGACGAGGCGGGCGGCCCAGCCAUGAGCGGCGGGGAGGUGGUCUGCUCGGGCUGGCUCCGAAAGUCCCCACCGGAGAAGAAGUUGAAGCGCUACGCAUGGAAGAGGAGAUGGUUUGUGCUUCGGAGUGGCCGUUUAACAGGAGAUCCAGAUGUACUGGAAUACUACAAAAAUGACCAUGCCAAGAAGCCUAUCCGUAUUAUUGACUUAAACUUGUGUCAGCAAGUGGAUGCUGGAUUAACAUUCAACAAAAAAGAGUUUGAAAACAGCUACAUUUUUGACAUCAACACUAUAGACAGAGUUUUCUAUUUGGUGGCAGACAGCGAGGAGGAGAUGAAUAAGUGGGUUCGAUGCAUCUGUGAUAUCUGUGGGUUCAACCCUACUGAUGAGGAUGCUGUGAAGCCCCCAGUCAGUUCUUUACAAGCAUCUGCUGAGUUACCCUUGCCCAUCAACACUUCACCGCCUUCCAUGCAAGCAGAAUCUUCCCUACCUCCUCCUUAUCAGCUUAUUAACAUCCCCCCACUGGAGUCUUCCUCUAGUCAAGAAGAUCCUCAGGACUACCUACUGCUAAUUAACUGCCAGAGUAAAAAACCCGAACCAAUGAGAUCUCACGCUGACUCUGCAAAAUCCAGCUCUUCUGAAACAGACUGCAAUGAUAACGUGCCCUCCCACAAAAACCCUGCUCCAUCCAUGAGCAAGCAAGCUGUGAAUGGCUUUUUUCAGCAGCAAGGUGUCUAUGACUCUCCGCCUUCUCGUACUGGACUACCGUUGGCAGACUCCAGCCUUUAUAACCUGCCCAGGAGUUACUCCCAAGAUGUUUUACCGAAGGCAGCAUCUCCAACGGGGACUGACGCAGAAGGCGAGCAGCAUGUUUUCAAUACGCCAUCAGCGACGUCGUCGUUAGAUGCACAGAUGAGGCACAUCUCCAUCAGUUACGACAUUCCCCCUACACCUGGAGGUACUUACCAGAUUCCACGAACUUUUCCAGAAGGAACAUUGUCUCAGACUACAAAGUUGGAUACUAUUCCAGAUAUUCCUCCACCUCGGCCACCAAAACCUCACCACGCUGCAGAUCGAUCUCCUGUGGAAACAUGUAGCAUUACUCGCACAGCUUCAGAUACUGAUAGUAGCUAUUGUAUCCCUACAGCAGGAAUACCACCCUCACGCAGUAACACCAUUUCAACUGUAGAUUUGAAUAUCUUUCGUAAAGAAAUUAGUUCUCAAGACUGUUAUGAUAUUCCACGAACGUUUCCGAAUGACAGAUCUAAUUCAUUGGAGGGCUUCCAUAACCACUUUAAAAACAGAAGCAUGUUGACAGUGGGAAGUGUUUCAAGUGAAGAACUAGAUGAAAAUUAUGUCCCAAUGAAUCCCAACUCUCCUCCACGACAGCAUUCCAGCAGCUUCACUGAACCCAUCCAGGAAACAAAUUAUGUUCCAAUGACACCAGGCACGUUUGAUUUUCCGUUAUUUGGAAAGCAAGUCCCUCCUCCCUCUCACAUGGGUUUCAGGUCCAGUCCAAAGACCCCUCCCAGACGGUCAGUGCCUACUGAAAAAUGUGAACCGCCGCCAGUGGAUCGGAACCUCAAACCAGACCGAAAAGGUCAAAGUCCUAAAAUUUUAAGACCUAAACCACAUGGUUUAGAGCGAACUGAUUCACAAACCAUAGGUGACUUUACUACAAGAAGAAAGGCAAAACCAGCUCCACUAGAAAUAAAACCUUUGCCUGAAUGGGAAGAAUUACAAGCCCCAGUUAGGUCUCCUAUCACCAGAAGCUUUGCACGAGACUCCUCCAGGUUUCCCAUGUCUCCCAGACCGGAUUCAGUUCAUAGCACAACUUCCAGCAGUGACUCGCACGACAGUGAAGAGAAUUAUGUAUCCAUGAAUCCAAAUCAGUCCACUGAAGACCCAAAUUUGUUCGGUAGCAACAGUCUUGAUGGAGGAAGCAGCCCCAUGGUAAAACCUAAAGGAGAUAAGCAAGUGGAAUAUCUAGAUCUGGACCUAGAUUCAGGAAAAUCUACCCCGCCUCGUAAGAAGAAGAGCAGCGGUUCAGGCAGCAGUGUGGCAGAUGAAAGAGUUGAUUAUGUUGUAGUUGACCAGCAGAAAACACUUGCACUGAAGAGCACGCGAGAGGCAUGGACUGAUGGGCGACAGUCUACAGAAUCAGAAACACCCACAAAAAGCGUGAAGUGAAAACACUGCUUAUUCUUCAAAGAACGGAAAGGAAUGAAUUUUGAAGAUUUAAAGAACCAUAAUGGCCCUGUUGCUUGGCUGUACGGUAUUCACUGGUGUGUGAAUAGGUUUUUGACCGAGUAGGAUGGAAGCCAAAGGACGCUUCAUAAGCAUCAGAGAAGUUUAAGAUCGUAAAUUGGCUGUGUGGUCUCUGGAAAAUUUGCAACCUGUAAAUAACGUGUAAAAUAGCACCACUUUGCUUUCAGAAAACCUCUCGUUCUGUAGUUAACACGUUUGUAGUAUUACCAUGUUUAUGCACUUUUUCAGUUACAAUGUUGGUUCAGGUAUUCCCAGUUAGUGUACCUUAAUGCCUAAUUCAUUUGCAGAAUUUUUUUCCUUACACUACUAUUCUUUACAAUUCUAGGUUAAUUAAGCUACGUGUAGAUAUGGAAAUGAAUAUUUGAACUUCAUUUUAACAACUUAAAAUCAAUUUUUUGCAGAAAUACUUUCACAAUAGAAUAAUCUACUUGAAGUGUCAAGUGGUAACCGUCAGUUACGUACUUGUUUAUAUUUAAUACAUGCAAAAGAUUAUUUGGAAGUCCGCAGGUUACCUUCCUAACAAAAAUUGCUGUGAUUUAAUAAUAAUGACCUAUACUGGGUUUAGACCUACAAUACUGGCUUAUAUGUUAGUUGUUAGCGGUGGAACUUCUAUUGUAUUUUAUUAAUGACAGUGUUCUGUGUUUGAUAGGUGAAGAUUCUGCAGGGUGGGAUCUCACACUUUUUAAGACUGAGUAAUUAAAUAUCAAGUAAGCCUGCAAACCACUGAUGGCAUGCAGUAAUAUUGUGAUCUCACACUUAUUAACAAGAAAUAACCUUUAUAUUAUUUACAGAAGGUAGAGUAUAUAAAUCAGGUACGUACCAAGCACUACUGUGCUAACACACUGAUCAGGUUUAGACAGUGAGCUUUAGUUUUGUACUGUUUAGAAGUUCUAAUGUCAGUUUUCAGUUCAAGAUUAACGGGACAGUUUGACAUUCACUGUUUAUAGUACUAGCAAAAUACUGUGAUUUUGAAUUAGACAUUAAUUCAAAUGGAAAUACUAUGUUUUGACACCGUAGUGCCCUUCUUACGAUCUGUAUUUUACUUUAAUCUCCUGCUUGGCCUUAUAUUUAAAUCCCUAUGCAACUGUUAUUUUAUAUCUCUGUUUUAAAAAUUAGAUCAUGUACUUAAAUGAUCCCCUCGUAAACCACUCGUUCCUCUUUCCUGGUACAGGAUUUUAAGCUCUGUAUACUGUGAUCCCUUAUUUUACUAUGACAGUUCCAAAUAAUAAUCUGCCUUGAUUUAGAAACAAUUUUUUUGAUAUAUGGAAGAAAAUAGAGCUCUUUAAAUACGUGAACAGGAUAGAUUUAGAUAGAAAACUUACUAACGCUUUUAUUUUUUCCUACAACUGCCCUUGAGUAAGCUAUCGGUUUUGUUUCCCCCCCACCCCCCAUUGUUUUAUUUUGUCCAGGUCACUUAAAAUUUGAGUAUGCAGCUGUUUUGUUUUCUGACAUGUUGGCCUUAGUACUGUGCCUAACCUACCGUUCGUUGGUUCUCUCCCCUCGCAACCACAAUCUACCAUACGUAAAUUAUGUUAUUUUUAACGAAGGUUCUUUUAAAAUUAGUAAUAUUUUGAUGCUUUGAAUGUUCAUUAAAAAAAAAAAGCUAAAAAAUGGAUUUUGAGGUGAAUUUUAAAUAAAUCAAGUUGUUCAGUUUCGAUGUGUAAGCUCUGUCCUGUUAAACAGCAGUUGGGUAUUAAUGUGUUUGUAAAAGUGCCUAGAUUUCAACCGCUUACUUUCUGAAAUUGUACAUUAGGUAGCUGUCAAAACAAAAAACGUUGAAUUAAUUUUCAAAACAAAUCUCUGCUUUCAAACCCUGCUGCGAGCAACUGAAUUAAUCGGAGUCCCAGCCUCCUGGGAGCUGGGAAAAGCCAUGUGAGCCAGGGGACCUUGAAAGCUUGAUCGGAAGCGUAUCAGGUCCUGGAGGACUCUGGAGGUGAAACUCAACUCUGCUUUGAAGUUACUAUUACUACAUAAUAAACUGUUCCUCACUGCUGCGAUGGCUGACGCACUCACAGAUACAUCAAACGCUUGGAACGCUUAAUGUGAAGGUAAUUUUGGUUUAGGAUGCUGGUUUUAAGCGUUUUAUUGGUACAGUCAUAGCAGAGCGCUUCCACCGAGCUGCCUCUAAUUUGCUAACAGAAGUGAUGAGAUAAUCACUGCUCUGGUUUAUCAGCCAUAGUUGUUUUGAUGCUUACUGUUAAGGGAAAGAGUCAUACAGUGUGGUCCAGCACUUCCACAGGAUCUUAAAAUCCUAUUUCAACUUUGUUUCUUUUGUCUCUCCAUAGACACCUAAAUUAGGGGAAGAGAUUUUGGAAGGGGUGCUAAUUGUUUUCUUAUUCAUAACCCGCCCUUCCUUGAAACAUCUGCUGGCUCUGUGCGUGUAUUUAUUUAUUACUUAAUAACUCUGUGGGUUUUUAUAAUGAAACACUGACUGACACUUGUAUUUAGGUACCAGUAGUAUUUUUUCAGGUGUCCUGAGCAUCUCUGAUAUUGAAGUAUAAAUGCCUCAUAGAAAGUUUCCUAGACUGGCAUCUCUUACUGAACAAUUGAUACAAGGCAGUUUUGUUCUGUUUUAUGACAUCAGUGCUUGUUUUACAGGUUCUGCUUAUUCUUUCUUCAUUUAAAAUUUAACAGCAUUCAGAGUGUCAAUUACGAAUUACACUCUACUAUUUUUAUACCAUUUUCCUGCUUUUUCUUAAUGAAAAUAAUAGCUUCCAACGUGUAGUGUAAUGCUAUGUAAGUAACAGGCUAAAAGUUAUCUUUGGUUUCAUUAAAUUUCUAAGCUGUUUUCUCCCCUUGUUUCCAGUAAUAACUUGCCUACUUUCAUUUAGUCCAAAGAAACAGAGGCAUGCUAACUCUUGACGACAUGUCACGUUUUCACCUUAAAAGCUAAAAUGGGACUUUGCGCUUCAGGUUUGACAGAGCUCUAGGAUUUUCAAAGGGUGUGAAUAUUAAAUUGAGAAUGUAAGUUCUAAAAUUAAAAGUGGUAGAAGGAGAAUUAGACUUAGCCGUAACUUCCAGUUACUAAUUGUGUGAGGACGCUCUACUAACGAGUGGAUGCUGGUUGAAGCUCCAGUAGAAAGCAGUGAAGGUGCAGCUUGUCAGUGUUGUCAAGCGUUCCUCUUCAAACAGGUAGGAGGUUCUGUCUUGUUUGUCUAAAACAGGGUUAUCUUAUAGUGUGGGUGUAGUUUUCACUGCUGUGCGUCCAUUUAAAAUGAGCAAAUUUCAACUGCAAAUACGCAUCUGGAUCUUGCUCAUAUCAAAAGAAAACGUUAGCGCCUCGUGCGGUAAGAUAGACUCCUAAAGAUGCCUUGCUGUAUCACCUCAACCAUUGCUUUCUCAUAAAGGCUACUGGCUACGCUUCUGCACAGUGUGACUUAAUCGCUGUAAGCUCUUAAAGUGCUGAUGCAGAUACAUAGUCAUGUUCUCCCAGAAAUGUGCAAAGUGAUGUUGAAAAAGAUAGAAACAUGAACGUUAGUCUUUUUUUACUUGAGAUUUUUGUUUAUGUAUUAAAAAGAAGACAAUUCACUUAUGUGUGGCAGCUGUGAUAUAGUGACACACACAGGUUUUGCAGGCAAUUACAGUCUUGCAGUUGUACGUAUCAUUUGAAAUGCAUUGCUACAUACAGCUACAUGGGGACUGAUGGGCAGCUCUGUAUCUUUCCCAUUGUACCGAGAGCCGAACGAGAUCUUUACUGCGAACAAAUUUAAGCUUAGUACUGUUUGUAAUGACUAGCUGUGAGCAAACCUUCCUCAAAAGCAUUAUGACUAUGGGCUGUGGAUGAGCCAGAGACCAAGCUGUGAGGUUUUUUUAAGCUUCCGUUUUAACUAAACAAGUGGCCAGAUAUGCUUGGAUGUAUUCCUGUUUGGUGAGGUAGAGUGGGACAAAAAAAAAAAAGUUGCUUACGAACAGUGUCAUUGCCCUUGAGAGCUUCCCAGUGUAUGUUUAAGUUCUGACAUCUUUGGUAUGAAUGUUUAGUAACAAAAGUGGGAGAAGAACAAGUACUCGCUGCAUGACUAGAUGAGAGGCUUGACAUAUUACUAAACAGCUAGAACGUUCUGAUGCCAGUGGAUCUCAUUGAACAUCUUCGUUAAGAAAUCCUUUGUUUUGGAGGAUUUAAAAAGGUUGUAUGCUUGUUUUCACUUGUUUAGAAGAAACAGUUUGUAGGGGAGCUGUUAGGUCGCAGCUUGAACUGAUGAUUGAGCAGCUGGUAAAGGGCUGUGGCUGGUCCAGGGAACACAGGCAAAUUGUUUGCACCUGUGCUCCCCAUGCGUCCAAAGGAGGUAAACUCAGGUGCAGCUUCUCUGCUCAUCUAUGGGCCUGCCACUGAAGGGAGAGCGUAGUUCUGACCUAGGCUGCUUCCUGAGAAGGAGUACCGUACAGCCAGAGAGCCCCUUCCCAUUUGGGAGACUUCCAUCCUUUGUGUAUAUGACUAUUGGCCUACCUGCAAAUAAUUAAGCUGGUAUUGCCAAGAACCUGCCAGAAGCAAUUUCACUUCUUGGUAAGCGGGACACAAGUUACCUGAAGUGUACAGUUGAGUAACCCGCAGUGUCCGUGCAUAACGUCAGAAACGCUGAACAUUUUGGUGAAAUGGACUAUGAAAGUAUCUCAUCGUGAUGCUAAACUUAGUGAGAUGAGAAAUAUUUUUUUGCUGUUACUAAACCACAAGUCAUGGGGCAAUGCCUUUAUGUCUGUUUUAAAAACGAGAAGUAAAAAACGUACUAAUUUGGAAAUAUUUUAGCCAGAUGUGUCCAAAGAUCUUGCAUACAAGAAAUCCCGUGGUUUCAGAACCUAGAAUACAAAAUAAUUAAAAUGGAAACCCUGAAAGCUUUCUUUCAGUUAUUUCAAAGAAAAAGAAAGUCUGUAUAAAUAAUCUUGGUACGUGUUUGAAGAUUCGUACAGGCUUUGUUGCUAAGCCUUUUCCCAGUAAGUUGGAUCUGCAGUGAAACCAGAAGAAAAUGCAUAUCACAUCAGUUUUUAGAAAUGCUCGUAAGAAUUUGGCUGCUGCUAUCAUAAGAUUUUAUUAAAUGCUGCUCGAGGUUCUUCUCAGCUGCAGCUGCUGGGUACUAGUAUGUAGAUGGGACUUGCCCAGGUGUACCCAUCCAGGUGGCCUGAUUGCGUGCUAGGAGGUGGCGUGGAAAUCCAGUCUUGUGGAGAUAUUUAAAAGGUGCAAUGUGAAGCAGAACCGUUCUUAGCAUUCGGUCAUUAUAUUGACCGAGAACUUUUGAGUGUGAAAUACAGCAUUUUUGGUUGAGGAGAUAAAAUCCAAAAUGCUCACAGUAGGACGACUUAGUAUUUUAUUCAGGUUUAGCUGUUUCCUUUUAUUGUAGGAGAGUUGAGCUGUGCCUGGACUAGCUGUAACCAGCUAGCGAGUAGCUAUAUAACCUAGCAGUGCGGAGUCCAGCAUGUGCUUGAGGAACACCACUUUUAAGAAUGCUUCAGGUAGAGCACCAAUUUCUACUUAAAAAUCCAGUUUACAGAAAGCAGGUUGCUUCGUGGGUCAUUGUUAGCAAAUGUGGAAAAAUACACAGACCUAGUUUUGUGAUAAUGUGACUAGCCAAUUGGAUUCAUUAGGAUUUUAGUUCUGGUGGUUUUUUUGGUCAGGGUAUACUGGCAUAAAUGCAGAAUGUACUUUCACAAAAGCUUAGGGAUGAGUUUCCAGUUGAUAUUUCUAACAUCUGCCUUGAGGCUUUUAUUUAGUAAGUGCUUUGCGUAAAAAGACGGAAACAUUGAACUAAGCCAACAGGACUGUUCUUUACAUGGAAUUAAUGCCUCUUAAAAAAAAAAAAGGGGGGGGAUGGAGUACCCAGAGAACACAAGCACCAGUGCACCUUUGCACCUUAGAAAAAACAAAAAAACCAAGCAUCAGAACGUGAGAAUGUUUUCAUUUCGUAUCUCAGAUUAGCUGCAGUUGUACGACCUUCUGUUUCCUUCAGAAAGUAUCAUUUCUAAAUAGCAUCAAUUUUGCUGGCUGCGGCCUUCUGCUCGGAGCUGCUGAAAUAACUUGGCCCAGCCUACUCCCAUUUGGUUGAUCAUUGGCUAGAAUUGUAUCUGUUUUAGUCACGUAUUUAUGUCAGACUGUCAUUUUUGCUAGGUCUUUUCUUUUUCCCUGCUUUGUAAUGAAUCGAGUACUUGGUGUUAUUGUUGCCUGUGUGCUUUGUUCUUUGAAGUUUUACUUUGAUUUUUCAUGUCUUUCUGAUAAGACUUCUCCCCAGAAUCUUCAAUUCCAGGAGGUUUUCUCUGUCUCUGCCAGCGAGCAGACUGGGCAUGCACUGGAAAGUGGGAGGAGACAGAACCCAAAAUGGCAAAAGGAUAUUCCAUACCAUGUGGUACCAUGUUUAUAAGUAAAAUGUGGGGCAGGUUGGUCAAGGGGCUUGCCAUUGCUGGGCACUGGCCAGCUACUGGUGAGCAGCUGUGUUGUUCAUCACUUUAAUUCUUGCUUACUAAACUGUGUCUACCUCAACCCGCAAGUUCUUGCGCUUUUCCCAGUUCUCUCCCCUGUCUUGCAGUGGGGAGGAGGUGAGUAAAUGGCUGCACUGUGUUGAUCUCCCUGCCGGCUUAAACCACAAUAGUAACUUUCUUUUGCUUCACAGUACGGUUCACUUCACUUGGAAAUAGUUUGUCCAAAAACUGCGUCUAAGAGUUGACUCCUAAUGGUAUUGUACUGUUGCCGUGAUACAGGGUCCAUGGCAACUUCAGGAGAGUUAUGCUGAAUAAUGAAUUAGGGGUGAAUUAGUGCUACAGUUAGAAGUUACACUGAGAAGUAAAUUGUAUUCAGAAGCCUUUGGGUCUAUCGUGUGUUUUUACAGGUAUCCUAUUAGGGUUAUCAAGGAAUACUCCUAUGAUGUUCCAAGUUCUGUACAGUUGCAAGACCAAUUUUAUUUCCUGUCUCUAUAGAGAGGUUUUGGCUGGAAUGUUUUUUGACAAUGCUUGACCGUAUCUGCAUGAAAGAUUUGGGGCUGACACUUCACUGAAUCUUAGCUUUGACGCAAAGAUUCUUCUCUAUAAUAAAAGAGGAAGAGAGAGAAAUAAGCUAUCCAGGAAGAGAAAAUCAUUUUGCCACAGAGACGAACAUCUUUUGAGGCCCACAAGCAUCUCAACACCACACACUGCCUUACUCGACGGCCAGGUUCGAUGAGGCUAGGAUGGUGAUGGUAUUUUCCCCCCUUCUCUAAAACUUCUCUCGUCUCCCAUCAGCCAGUAUGAUCUGACCUGAUGAUUUUCGAACUAAUAAAUGUUGACGCUGAAACAUC